AUGCCAUUCAUGACCUACCUUACGCGCCAUCAUCAUCAACACCAACAAAACAACACCAAGGCCAUGCACAACUCAAAUCAUCACGAUACACACACCACUAAACAUGGCAAAGGAAUGCAUAUUCCUUCAUCAUCAUCAUCACAGCAUAAACGACGAGAAGUAGGCGAGUAUAUACUUGGCAAGACCAUUGGGCGAGGUGCGUCGGGUCGAGUCAAGAUUGGGAUCCAUCGACAUACCGGUGAGCAAGUUGCUAUCAAGGUGAUCUCGCGUAGCCAGCUAGCGACAUCAUCCACCAUGGCACGCUGUGUGCAACGUGAAUUGGCUGUGCUUCAACUGCUGCAUCAUCCACAUCUUGUGGAUCUCCGCCAAGUGCUUCAAGAUGCUUCAAAUGUGUAUUUUGUGAUGGAAUACGUUGAAGGUGGCGAGCUUUUUCAAGUCUUGUCAGAGCGAGGCCGAUUAUCCGAACCAGAUGCUCGACAUUUGUUCCGUCAACUAACUACUGCACUUGCUUGGUGUCAUGCUCACCAUAUCUGCCAUCGUGACUUGAAGCCCGAGAACAUCCUGCUGGACAAGGAUCAUAAAACACUCAAGAUUGCCGACUUUGGUAUGGCCACCAUCCAAUCACCAAAUGAGCUCCUCAACACAAGCUGCGGGUCUCCUCACUAUGCAAGCCCAGAAAUAGUCAGGGGCAAACGAUAUCAUGGACCAGCAACCGAUGUAUGGUCGUGUGGUGUUAUCUUGUAUGCUAUGCUCACUGGCCAUCUACCCUUUGACGAUGACAAUGUUGGAAGAUUGCUUGCAAAGAUAAAAUUGGGCCGUUUCUUACCACUCCCUGCUCAUGUUUCACGUGAAGCGCGCGAUUUGAUAAAGAGCAUGUUGGUUGUUGACCCAGCCAAACGCAUUACACUCGAUGCAGUGCUUGCUCACCCGUGGCUGACAAACAAAUCCUAUUUGGGUACCGACCUGCGUUUCCCAGAUGCAUUACCACUUUAUCACAAGACUCAUAAUCCCCUGCAGGAUCAUGACCUAAGACGCCCCAUCGUAAACGAUGCUCUUGAUUUAGAUGGUCGCAUUUGGGAAACACUCAAGGUUUUAUGGAGACGCUCAUCUCAAGAAGAUUUGCUUCAAGCUCUCACGAGCGAUAGACCCAAUGUUCCAAAAUUGACAUGUCGGUUACUCCAACAACGUGCUUGGCGUCAAGAACAUGGCUUUCCAACAGCUGCUCCCAAAUCAUCGUUACCUCCUUUGAGUGAAGAUAAUGGAUCAUCGAUAGCGCCCAUGACUCCGCCAUUGACGCCUCUUUGUAGCAACGUCGAAUAUAGUUCUCAUUGUCUCCCUACAACGACACGAGACUCAACGGUGGAUACGAUGUCAUGUGGUCGUACAGUGGUGGACAUGCCACCCACACCCAAGAGCAUCCAUGCAUUUGACCUUGAUCUCUCAUGGCACUCUGAAAUCCAAUUACAAAAUGUGGAUGCAUGCAAGAAACGAAGAUUCAGCAAGCAGGUUAUUAUUGAAGAAAAGCAGCAAAGGCAUCGUGCAUCCAUCACCACCACAACAGCAGCAGCAGCAGUAGAUGAUCUCACAAGUCGUCUUGCUGAUCCCAUGGUGGCCCGGUACACAAAUGCAUCCCCCACACUCCUAGCAGCACCUGCUCAUGCAGCUCAGCAGCAAUUGCUACUUCAACACCAACGCCACCAUCAACGUCCUGCAUCCUCAUUACUAAGGAAACCCAAGGAGAAUGAAGAGGGGUUCAUUGCAUCAUUUUCAAAUUGGUUAAGCACCACUUGGGAUCGAUGCAUGGAUCAUAUGAGCUCCAAACCACAACGACCACUAGUGAUUGAACGUCCUGCAAAGCAUGAAUGUGAGGCUGCGGGCAAGAUGCAUCAAAUCUUUGAAGAGCACUUUAAUGGAAAGCUCAGUGGUCGCGUUUAUCCGAAUGGCUUGAUUGUAUGGAGUGGAUCGAUUGGUGGUAAGGAGACAUCACUGCAUUUCUUGUGCCGUAUCACUCAAAUGCCUCCCACCACCACUGAUACCCAAAGCGACCAAGUUAGGAUAAGCUUUACACUUGUAAAAGGUGACGAGAAAUGCAUGGCAUCUGCUGUGGAUCAAUUGUUGCAGAUAUGGGACGAUUAUGAGUAUGACGCAAAGUCUGUUGCUAUCACUAAUGGCUGGUUAAAACAAUAA